AUGGCUUUCAAGCGAAAAACGCCAUCGUCAUUUGGACUGGAGAGAAGAGUGCGACCGAGGAGAGAGGAUGAGUGGAUGGAAGAGCCAGAGAGUCAAGGUUCCUCAAGUGAGGACGAUGAUGAUGAUGAUGAGGUGGAGGAGGAGAGUAUUCGAGGCUCAUCUGAUGACGAUGACGACGAGGACGAGGAAGAUCAAGAAUCUGGAGAAGGUUCGGGAGAUGAAUCAGAGGUUAGCUCAUUAACGUCUCUCCUCGAAAACCCACUGCUGACUCUACCACAGCCUGAGGAAAACACACCAAAGAUAGACCUCUCAUCGGUCUCGUUCGGAGCUCUCGCAAAAGCACAAGCAUCAUUACCAUCUUCUGGUCACAAAUCAAAAUCGAAGAAAUCUACCGAUGGAGACGCCCCGAAAACAGAAACACCAGCGCCCAGGAAAUCCACCAAAUCAAAGGACGACCCCAAGCCCAAACGUUCUUCCAAACACGCCCCUCAAGAACAAACCUCCAAAAAACCCGUAUCUCGCCGCCGAGAGAUCCUCCCAGAUAACCGGCGCCAAUAUCGCGAUCCUCGCUUCGACCCCCUAGUAGGCCGCGUCGACGAAGAAAAAGCCAGCAAAGCCUAUGCAUUCCUAGACGAAUACCGCGACAAGGAGAUGGCCGAUCUCCGCGCACAGAUCAAGAAGACCAAAGACUCUUACGAGAAGGACAAUCUAAAGCGCCAACUCCAAUCCAUGGAAUCUCGCAAGAAGGCCAACAUGCGAAGACAGGAAGAGGAGAGGUUGCUGAAGGAGCAUCGCCAGAAGGAGAAGGAGCUUGUGGCGCAAGGCAAGACGCCUUUCUACCUGAAGAAGAGCGAGCAGAAGAAGCAACUGCUUGUCAACAGAUACGAGGGCAUGAGCAAAGGACAGGUCGAUAGGGCGAUUGAGAGGAAGAGGAAGAAGUUUGCUGGUAAGGAGAAGAAGGAGUUGGACUUUUUGCAACGGGGAUCUCGACCACGAGGAUAA